UUGAGGUUAUGGGAUGAAGCUCUUGAACCUUCUUCUUAAAAAGUCAAUCCAAAUUCCAGUGAAGCUCAGAAGCCAUUUUUAAUGGCGCUCAAACACUCCUUUAUCCCGUCUUCUACUUCCUGUACAUUACAGGCAAAUCACUACUACUAUGCCCUUUGCCCUUUGAGAAUUGGAAGAAAUCCCAUAUCCUUAAGACCCUUCUCUCAAUCAUCCUCCCCUGUUUUCUCUAACUCUUCCAUUCCUCGGUCUACACCUUCCUCCCUUUUCCUUUCUUUUCUUGAAGAAGACGAGGAAGAAGAAGUAGUAGACGAGGAAGAAGAAAGACUUAUUCCUUCAGAAACCCAGGAGUUAAAUCAACCAGACAAUGACCCAAUUCGCCGGUUCUUCCAGACUCGGACAGCAGACCAAGAAUCUGACCCAGACCCAGGUAGUCUAGGCAAGUUAUCUCUUCAAGAGAACCGUAAAACAUCUUGGCACCUUGCUUCUAUCACUGCUUCAACUGAAGACGAUGACGAUGAAGUCGAAGAUAUUCAGAAAUCGCUAUUCGAUACACUCCCCCCAAGUCCUAGAGUUGAGGGGAUUGUCAGUCAAAUAGUGGAGAAGGCGAAGUGCUUACCGGAAAAUGUGACCUUAGGUGAAGUAUUAGGUGAAUUUGAAGGGAGGGUUGGACAGGAAGACUGUGAGGAAGUGUUGGGUUUGCUGGGAAAUGAAGGUUUGGCGAUUGAUUGCUUGUAUUUUUUCGAAUGGAUGGGGCUUAAUGAGCCGUCAUUGGUAACACCUCGUGCAUAUAAGGUUCUGUUCCUGAUACUUGGGAGGGCUGGUAUGAGCAAGGAGUUACUAGUUUUGUUUAAGAACUUGCCUAAUCGAAAGAGGUUCAGGGACGUCCAUGUUUAUAAUGCAGCUAUUUCCGGGCUUUUAUGCUGUAGAAGGUAUGAUGAUGCUUGGGAAAUUUACCAGUCCAUGGAAACAAACUCUGUCCAACCAGACCAUGUGACGAGUUCCAUUAUAAUUACAAUAAUGAGGAAACGGGGCAAUAGUGCCAAAGAAGCUUGGGAGUUAUUCGAAAAGAUGAAUAAAGAAGGUGUGAAGUGGAGCUUGGAAGUAGCAGGUGCUCUAAUUAAAUCCUUUUGUGAUGAAGGCCUGAAGAAGGAAGCUUUAAUUAUCCAGUUGGAAAUGGAGAAAAGGGGUUUAUCUUCUAAUGCCAUUGUCUAUAAUACUCUGAUGCAUGCUUACUGUAAAUCUAACCAAAUUGAAGAAGCUGAAGGUCUCUUUGCUGAGAUGAAGAAGAAAAGAAUUGCACCUACCUCGGCUACUUAUAAUACUUUGAUGGAUGCAUACAGUAGGAGACUCCAGCCUGAUGUUGUUGAGAAGCUGCUACAGGAAAUGGAAGAUGCUGGUUUGGAGCCAAAUGUGAAAUCAUAUACAUGCCUGAUCAGUGCCUAUGGAAGAUUGAAGAAAAUGAGUGACUUGGCUGCAAAUGCAUUCUUGAGGAUGACAAAGGUUGGUAUAAAACCAAAUUCUUACUCGUAUACAGCUCUUAUUCAUGCCUAUUCAGUCAGUGGGUGGCAUGAUAAAGCUUACACAGCUUUUGAGAAUAUGCAAAGGGAGGGAAUAAAACCAUCCAUAGAAACUUAUACUGCUCUUCUUGAUGCAUUUAGACGUGCUGGUGAUACCCAAACACUCAUGAAAAUUUGGAAAAUGAUGAUCAGAGAGAAAAUUGAAGGGACAAGGGUGACAUUUAACAUUCUACUGGAUGGAUUUGCUAAACAAGGUUGCUAUGUUGAAGCAAGAGAUGUAAUUUGUGAGUUUGGGAAGCUUGGGUUACAACCAACAGUAAUGACAUACAACAUGUUGAUCAAUGCAUAUGCGAGAGGAGGGCAAGAAUCAAGGUUGCCACAGCUUUUGAAGGAGAUGUCAGCACUUAAUCUAAAACCUGAUUCUAUUACAUAUUCCACAAUGAUAUAUGCCUUCAUCCGUGUGCGGGAUUAUAAGAGAGCAUUUUAUUUUCACAAGCAGAUGGUAAAAAACCGGCAAGUGCCUGAUGCUGAAUCAUAUGAGAAGCUCCGGGCAAUUCUGGAUGUAAAAGCUGCCAUAAAGAACAGGAAGGAUAAGAGUGCUUUAAUGGGAAUAGUUAAGAGCAGUAUGGGCUUAUUGAAAGAAAAGAAAAAGGGAAAGAAGGAUGAAUUCUGGAAAAAUAGAAAAAAAGGAUCAAGAUUUCAAGGAGGACAGUAGUAGCUAUAUUUUUUUGUCUUGU